AUAAUAAAAAUAAAAUAAAUAUUAAAUACAGUUAGAAUUAUAGAAAAUUUUGAUGAAAAAUUAAUAGAAAAAAAGAAGGAACAAUAAGUGACAGUUAGAAUGAAAAAAACAAACAUAAACAAAAUAAAAAAAUCAAUUUUAAAAAUUCAAUUUUUUUUUUAUAUAAAAAAAAAUAAUAAUAAAAAAUCGUUAAAAGCAUAGAGAACAAAAAAAAAAGAAGAACAAUUUUUGAAAGCUUUUUGAAUGUAGUAAUUGCGUUCCCGCGCGAAAACUGAAGCGUCUUCAUAAUAAAGAGGAAAAAAUUCAUCCUUUAAAAAAAUUGCAUUAAUAUUUUUAAUACCACGUGAUAUACGCGGUAAAUUCAAUAUGUAUAUAAAAAAUAUAAUAAUAUAUUAUAUUUGUGAAUAUAUAAGAUAUUUUAUUUGUUAUAAUAUAAAAAAAUUUAAUCAGAUUACAUCAAUGGGAACUUUAAUAAAAAGGCUUUAUUACAUUAACAUUUAAACUAAAAAGAAAAUAACUUAAAACUCAAACCGAAAUAUUGAAAUUGACACUUAAACAUAACACAAAGAUAAAUAAAAACAAAAAAAACAACACAAUGGAUUGUUACACACAACUUCCACCAGAAAAUAGAUUUGGAUUAUCACGUUAUAGUAGACAUUCAGACACCCCAUCUCCAUUAUUAAGUCCACCUGUUAAUCGAAUCGAUAGUCCAAACUAUUUAAAUAAAAUGAAUAACGAAACUACAAAUUCCUUUUUAAAUCAUCCAAGAAAUAGUUCACCAAUAAGAUAUUCACAACAUCAAUAUCCAGCGUCAUAUAAAAUGACAUCAAGUACGCUAUUACCAGCACCAGCACCAACUAACCCAAUGAAUUAUUACCCAUACAAUUUUGAUUCAAAUUAUCCAAGAAAUUAUCUUCCUAGAUCAGUUAGUAAUUUUUCACCACCAACACCAGUUGAUCAAUUUAAAAAUUCACUCGAUAGAAUUAAUGGAUGUGUUAACUCAUCGAUUCCUGGUCCAUUAGAGGAAUAUUAUAGAAAUACUCAUUAUAACUAUUCACAAUCAUUUAAUAAUUAUGGAAAACUAAAUGUGCCAAAGAGUUCAUAUUAUAAUCACCAUUUAGGACUUCCAACACAUCGCACUUCACAUAUACCAGCUCCAAGCCCAACAUACUAUUCAACUCCUAGAAAUGAAUUUUAUGACCCAAUAGCUGGAUUACAUCAAACCGUUCGUAACGGUUUCAAAGAUAAUAUUGGCUUAUCAAAUACAUAUCAUAAUAUAUAUAAUUAUUCUCCACCCUUAACAACUCAUUUGAAGAGACCACAUUAUCCAACACCAUACAAUCCACAUCAUCCACAAGCUUUAUAUCCAAAUUCUUAUUCAGCUUUUCCAUCUUAUAAUGGUAAAUCAACAAGUUUUGAUUAUUAUCGCAGCCAUUAUACACAAUUAAAUUCAUAUCCAGAAUAUCAAACAACUAAUAGUGCACAAUAUCAUCAUUUAUAUCAGCAACAACAGCAACACCAUCAACAACUAUUACAAAGUAAACAUAACGCAUUGCAACAUAGUAGUCUUUAUCAAAAUUCAUACCCGAACCCUAUAACGUUAUCGAACGAGAAUUUAAAUCAUCAAGUGGACCUAAUGCAUUCUCCUAGAUCAUCAGAAUACAAUAGUAGAUAUAAGAAUUUUGAAGAAAAUUCAGAAAAUAAACUUGAAAGCCUUAUUAACGAGGAAUUACGACCACUAUCGUCCAAUUUGGACCAUAAAAACUUAUCAAACAAUGAAAGAAAGUUUUCUGAUAGUAUAGAAGAUUUGCCUUUAGAAAUCAAUAACAGUAAUCGUGAUGAUAAAAUAGAACAAAGAGCUGAGUCAUCUAUAUCAGAAAGUAAUACCGUCAAUGACAUGAAUUCAGAAACGACAAUUGCAUCAUCACCUCUUACUAGUGUCAGCAGUUAUACGGAUAGUGGAAUUAGUGGCUGUAGUAAUAUAAUUGAUGGCAACAACACUAGCGAUGGCAGCAUUGUUGAAGAAAAACCUGAUGAAAAUAAUAUUAACCAAAUUAAUUCCAAUAACACAGAAGAAGAUUCAAAUGAAAUAAAAUUAGAGUUAAUAGAUACCAAAAUGACUAAUGAUCAUUUAAAUGAAGCUGACAAUUUAAACAUUAAAAAAGAAGAUGAAAUUGACCCUAAACCUAAAGCACAUAAUAUACCGUCCAGUACAUCUUUAAAAGGGUUUAAAGCAGUUAAUAAAAAGGACAAUCAGCUUGAUCGAGUUAUUAAACCGUUUUCGGAUAAUUGUUCAAAUGAGAAAAAUCAAAUUGGACGAAAUAAUUCUGAUUUUAGUCUUCACACCCAACAUAAGGAAAAUUAUAAUAAAAACUCUCCGAAUUCUUCUUCAAAAACUAAAAACACACGUAAUCAACGGGAAAAUAAUAAUUCUUCGAGAGCUGCUUUAAAAAAUGAUAGUUUACAAUUAGAAAAUAAAAAAUCAAAUUCAAAUUAUUGGUCAUCGCAUCAUCAUUAUCAAUUCCAAUCGCGUUCAAAAUCACAACGAGAUGAUAAUACACAAAAGCAUAAUAAUAAUAAAAAUUCAAAUAAAAAUAAUUCAAAAACAAAUGUUUCAACAAAUAUUAAUAAUAGGAGUCGAGUAUUGGAAUGUGAUUUUAUACCAAGCAAAAAAUCAAGAAAAAAAUCUGGUUCUGGCAACUGUUUAAGCGAAACAGUAGAACUCCGUGAAGAAAUUAAGGAUAUUAAACCAUUACCUGCAUUUCAACAAGCUUUCGGAUCAACUGAAAUUGGACGAUUCUCGGAAAUUUUUCAAAAUAGUUCACCAGAAAGCUCAUAUAACUUUAAUAUGUCAUCUUACGAUUAUAAUUUAACAGAAAAUGGCAGUCCUUAUUUAUGGACAGAAACAGGUGAAUCUUUAGAAGGUUCACAUCAUAGAAAUUUUUAUAAAAAUUCUUUAUACUCUAAUUAUAUAGAAAAUUAUGAUACGAUUGAAUCGUCAAAAGAAAAUUAUUACAAUUCAUUCGAUUAAAUAUAUACAUAUAAUGUAUUUCAAAAUGUAAUAUACAAUAAAAUUAUAAACAAAAAAAUUAAAUUAAAUAUUAAGAUAAUGCUGUAGAUAAAAUUUAUUAUAUAUUGAAAAUUGUUAAACAAUUGUUAUAGUGUGUUUUUUUAAUCAAAAACAUUGCAUAUUUAUUAUUACAAAAAUUUUAUUUAAAUAACUUUAAAAAGAAAAAUUACAAAAACAAAUAAA